ACAGGGUUACGUUUAUUGAUGCUGACCACCGAUGCACAUGCAUUCAAGUAUCCGUUACUUUGGGAUGGGGCUGCCGAUGAGGGGGCCAGCUGUCUCGUUGCGCAGCACUGUGGCACGGUUCAAAAGCCGUGCCCCACUCGGAGCGAGAGGGUGUUACCACGCCAAUACUCCUUGUCCUCAUCGUUUUAUCGAACUUCUCAGUCCCUACUCUCGAUACCAGCUCAUUUAGCACCUACGUAGACUUCAGAGAUGUUGUACCUGGUGUUUUCCACCUUUAUCGCUUGUCUCCUGGGAGCAAAGCUCACCGCGUACGUACGCCACACACUCCAGCAACGCCGUAAUGGCUGUCUGGAGCCACCGUCCCUGCAUCUCAAAGACCGAAUAUUUGGCCUAGAUCUUUUUUUCAAGAAAAUGCGAGCACUUAAGGCGGGAGACUAUCUUGAGGGCAACACCGCUCUCUUCAAGCUGUUCUCGAGUAAAACUUAUAGGAGCUAUUCUUUCGGUACUACUACGUAUCAUACAAUUGAUCCGGAGGUAGUGAAGAGUUAUCAAUCCACUUUCUUCAAAGACUUCGGCAUCGAGCCGCUCCGAUAUCACCUAGCCGAGAACUUGUGGGGCAAUGGUAUAGUCGUCGCAGAUGGACAACGGUGGGCAUCAGCGCGUAGCUUUAUUCGGAGUAGUUUCGAUGUCGUUCAUACGGCCAACAUAGAUCGGUUGGAUCAUCAUGUGCAAAGGCUCAUGGAGUUGAUUCCGCGCGAUGGAUCGACUGUUGAUUUGAUGCCGCUAUUCAAGCGCUUGAUCCUCGACACAUCGAGUGAGUUCAUAUUUGGACAGUCACUGAACGCACUUGACGAUCCGGACGUCACAUUCAUGGAAGCCUUCGAGUUCGCCCAACGAGGAACCGGUAUGAGGAUGAUGCUGGGGCGUCUGAGGUUUCUGCAUCGCGACGCAAAGUGGUAUGCUGCAUGUGAUAAGGUCACGAGCUUCUGUGAGCAGCGUGUAGAAGAAGCGCUUGAAAGGCUGAAAAGCGGGCAAGAGCGUCGCACUGAGCGAGAUCGGCUGCGCCUUGUUGACGAGGCAGCAAAGCUCACCACGGACCGGUACACCCUCCGCUCACUGAUCUUGAGUGUCUUCAGCCCUGCACAUGAUGGAGCUGCUGUGGCACUGAGCAAUGUCUUCUUUCACCUCGCAAGGCACCCGCGAGACGUUAUCCUUCCCACUGGCGGAGGCCUCGAUGGUAACAGUCCGCUUUUGUGCAGGAAAGGCGACAUCAUCGAGGCCGACUAUCGUACGAUGAUGCGCGACCCCGAUUUCUGGGGCCCAGAUGCGGAGGACUUUUUGCCAGAGAGAUGGGAGAAGGUGCGACCAGGUUGGGAGUAUCUACCGUUUGGUGGCGGACCUAGACAAUGUCCGGGGACAAGGCUUGUUUUUACGGAAUGCGCCUUUACCACGGUCAAGAUCUUGCGCGAGUUUACCAAGUUAGAGAACAGGGAUGAAGAAACGGAGUGGAAAGAACAGAUGCGUAUGACUUGGCAAAGCAAAAACGGUACUCUGGUCGGACUUGUCCCUGCUUGA